GGAGGCCCGGGCCUUGGAGAUGGAGAAUUCCCAGUUGUGUAAGCUGUUCAUCGGCGGCCUCAAUGUGCAGACGAGUGAGUCGGGCCUGCGCGGCCACUUUGAGGCCUUUGGGACCCUGACGGACUGCGUGGUGGUGGUGAACCCCCAGACCAAGCGCUCCCGUGGCUUCGGCUUCGUGACCUACUCCAAGGUGGAGGAGGCCGAUGCCGCCAUGGCCGCCUCUCCCCAUGCCAUAGACGGCAACACGGUGGAGCUGAAGCGGGCGGUGUCCCGGGAGGAUUCGGCGCGGCCCGGUGCCCACGCCAAGGUGAAGAAGCUCUUUGUCGGGGGCCUGAAAGGAGACGUGGCCGAGGGCGACCUGAUCGAGCACUUCUCGCAGUUCGGCACCGUGGAGAAAGCCGAGAUCGUUGCCGACAGGCGGUCCGGCAAGAAGCGUGGCUUCGGCUUCGUGUAUUUCCAGAAUCACGACGCGGCGGACAAGGCUGCAGUGGGCAAGUUCCAUCCGAUCCAGGGCCAUCGCGUGGAGGUGAAAAAGGCCGUCCCCAAGGAGGAGAUCCACUCCGGCGGAGGCGGAGGCGGAGGCGGCUCCCGGUCGGGCCGAGGUGGCCGUGGCGGCGGUGGUCCUGAUCAGAAGGGCCUGUCGAAGGGCGGCGGCUGCGGCUACAACAGCUACGGUGUUUACGGUGUUUACGGUGUUUACGGUGUUUACGGUGUUUACGGUGUUUACGGUGUUUACGGUGUUUACGGUGUUUAUGGCGGCGGCUACAAUGCCUACGGAGGCGGCGGCGGCGGGGGUUCGUCCUACGGCGGAAGCGACUACGGUAGCGGCUCCGGCAGCUACAGUCAGCACCAGUCCUCCUACGGCCCAUGAAGAGCGGCGGCCCAG